AUGGACAGAGAAAGUCGUUCUAGAGAUGAUAGUAAAGGUAGAUAGGCCCCAUUGUAUAGGGAAUCUCUAUAUCGAAGUUCAUCUUCAGUAAGCAGCUAAUUUAAAGUCUCUCCAGGCCCUAUGCUAUUCAAAGGUACAGAGAAUUCAAGUGUGUUGAAAAAUGCUCAACCUUAAUUUGAAGAAGAUGCAGAUGGAUUUAAAAAGCCACCAGCUCGUUCAGAGAAGUUAGAAGAAGAAAGGAAACGCAAUAAAUUACUUAAUGAAUACACAGCAUUUGAAUGGGAAAAUAUAGAAUAGGAAUCAGAUAGAAAAUGGUAUGAUUAUGAUGAAGAUGAUAUUGGUAAUGCUUCUUAAUAAGAUUGGGGAGGUGAAGUAUUUAAAGGUUAAAAAGAAGAAUUUAAAUUUGAAGAAUAUAGUAAACGUAAAGGUUAGACAGUAAGAUAAUCAGAGAAAAAUUAAGAAUAAAAUAGAUGGGAACUUAAUCGUAUGAUUGCAUCAGAUGUAUUCAAAAGAAAAGCAGAUGCUUGGGAUUUUUAUGAAGAAGAAAAUGAAAAAAGAGUUGUAAUACAUGUACAUGAUAUCAAACCACCUUUUUUGGAUGGAAAAGUUGUUUAUACUACUUAAUUAACAUAAGUAUAAAUUGUCAAAGAUCCUAAUUCAGAUAUGGCUAAGUUAGCAAAGUAAGGUUCAGAAGUUUUAAUGUUAAUGAGAGAAAAAUAAGAUAAAACUAAAAUGAGAGAGAGAUUUUGGGAAUUAAGUGGAUCAAAAAUGGGAAAGGUUAUGAAUCUAGAUAGAAAAAAAGAAUAAGAUCCAGAUAGACAUUUAUUAAAUGAAGAUGGAGAUUAUGAUUUUAAAGCUUCUUCUAGAUAUUAAACAGCUCUUUAAAGAGUUACUUAAGGUUAAAGUGAUUUUGCUAGAAAUAAAACAAUCAAAGAACAAAGAGAAUACUUACCAGUAUUUCAUUGUAGAUCUGAAUUAGUUUAAUUAUUACAUGAUAAUAGAGUUUCUAUUAUUGUAGGAGAAACUGGAUCAGGUAAGACUACUUAAUUGACAUAAUAUUUAUAUGAAGAAGGUUAUACUAAUACUGGUGUAAUUGGAUGUACUUAACCAAGAAGAGUUGCAGCAGUAUCAGUAGCAAAAAGAGUAGCUGAAGAAAUGGGAGUAGAAUUAGGUAGUAAAGUAGGUUAUGCCAUUCGUUUUGAAGAUUAUACUAGUAAAGAUACAGUCAUUAAAUAUAUGACAGAUGGUGUUUUAUUAAGAGAAUCUCUUUAAGAUCCUGAUCUUGAAAAAUAUUCUGCUAUCAUUAUGGAUGAAGCACAUGAAAGAUCUUUAAAUACAGAUGUUUUAUUUGGUAUUCUUAAAAAAGUAGCAUAAAGAAGAAGAGACAUCAGAAUUAUUAUUACAUCUGCAACUAUGAAUGCUAAAAAAUUCAGUGAUUUUUUUGGUGGAGUACCUAUCUAUAAAAUACCAGGUAGAACUUUUCCAGUUGAUGUCAGAUUUGAAAAAGCACCUGCCUAAGAUUAUGUUAGAAGUGCAAUUAAGAAAACUAUUGAAGUUCAUAUUCAAUAACCUCCUGGAGAUGUUUUAAUAUUUAUGACAGGAUAAGAAGAUAUUGAAACUACUUGUUAUUUAUUAGCUGAAGAACUCAAUAAAUUAAGUGAAGCAACUCCUCCACUUUUAAUUUUACCAAUUUAUUCUUAAUUAAGAUCAGAAGAAUAAGCAAGGAUCUUUGAAAAAAGUGAAUUUAGAAAAUGUAUAGUGGCAACAAAUAUAGCAGAAACAUCUCUAACUUUAGAUGGUGUAAAAUAUGUGAUAGAUACUGGAUAUUGUAAAAUGAAAGUGUAUAAUCCUAGAAUUGGUAUGGAUGCAUUAUAAGUUACUCCAAUAUCAUAAGCUAAUGCAGAUUAACGAAAAGGUAGAGCUGGACGUACUGGACCUGGUAUUUGUUUUAGAUUGUAUUCCUCAUUAAAUUAUAGAUAAGAUAUGUUAGAAAAUAAUAUUCCUGAAAUAUAAAGAACAAAUUUAGCUAAUGUAGUUUUAUUAUUGAAAUCAUUAAAUAUUAAUAAUCUAUUAGAUUUCGAUUUUAUGGAUCCUCCUCCUUAAGAUACAAUUUUAAAUGCUAUGUAUUAAUUGUGGGUCUUGGGAGCAUUGGAUAAUGUAGGUGAAUUAACAGAACUUGGUAGNUGGGAAAGGUUAUGAAUCUAGAUAGAAAAAAAGAAUAAGAUCCAGAUAGACAUUUAUUAAAUGAAGAUGGAGAUUAUGAUUUUAAAGCUUCUUCUAGAUAUUAAACAGCUCUUUAAAGAGUUACUUAAGGUUAAAGUGAUUUUGCUAGAAAUAAAACAAUCAAAGAACAAAGAGAAUACUUACCAGUAUUUCAUUGUAGAUCUGAAUUAGUUUAAUUAUUACAUGAUAAUAGAGUUUCUAUUAUUGUAGGAGAAACUGGAUCAGGUAAGACUACUUAAUUGACAUAAUAUUUAUAUGAAGAAGGUUAUACUAAUACUGGUGUAAUUGGAUGUACUUAACCAAGAAGAGUUGCAGCAGUAUCAGUAGCAAAAAGAGUAGCUGAAGAAAUGGGAGUAGAAUUAGGUAGUAAAGUAGGUUAUGCCAUUCGUUUUGAAGAUUAUACUAGUAAAGAUACAGUCAUUAAAUAUAUGACAGAUGGUGUUUUAUUAAGAGAAUCUCUUUAAGAUCCUGAUCUUGAAAAAUAUUCUGCUAUCAUUAUGGAUGAAGCACAUGAAAGAUCUUUAAAUACAGAUGUUUUAUUUGGUAUUCUUAAAAAAGUAGCAUAAAGAAGAAGAGACAUCAGAAUUAUUAUUACAUCUGCAACUAUGAAUGCUAAAAAAUUCAGUGAUUUUUUUGGUGGAGUACCUAUCUAUAAAAUACCAGGUAGAACUUUUCCAGUUGAUGUCAGAUUUGAAAAAGCACCUGCCUAAGAUUAUGUUAGAAGUGCAAUUAAGAAAACUAUUGAAGUUCAUAUUCAAUAACCUCCUGGAGAUGUUUUAAUAUUUAUGACAGGAUAAGAAGAUAUUGAAACUACUUGUUAUUUAUUAGCUGAAGAACUCAAUAAAUUAAGUGAAGCAACUCCUCCACUUUUAAUUUUACCAAUUUAUUCUUAAUUAAGAUCAGAAGAAUAAGCAAGGAUCUUUGAAAAAAGUGAAUUUAGAAAAUGUAUAGUGGCAACAAAUAUAGCAGAAACAUCUCUAACUUUAGAUGGUGUAAAAUAUGUGAUAGAUACUGGAUAUUGUAAAAUGAAAGUGUAUAAUCCUAGAAUUGGUAUGGAUGCAUUAUAAGUUACUCCAAUAUCAUAAGCUAAUGCAGAUUAACGAAAAGGUAGAGCUGGACGUACUGGACCUGGUAUUUGUUUUAGAUUGUAUUCCUCAUUAAAUUAUAGAUAAGAUAUGUUAGAAAAUAAUAUUCCUGAAAUAUAAAGAACAAAUUUAGCUAAUGUAGUUUUAUUAUUGAAAUCAUUAAAUAUUAAUAAUCUAUUAGAUUUCGAUUUUAUGGAUCCUCCUCCUUAAGAUACAAUUUUAAAUGCUAUGUAUUAAUUGUGGGUCUUGGGAGCAUUGGAUAAUGUAGGUGAAUUAACAGAACUUGGUAGAAAAAUGAGUGAGUUCCCAUUAGAUCCACCAUUAUCAAAAAUGUUAAUAAAAGGAGAUUAAUUAGGAUGCACUGAAGAAAUACUAACAGUUGUUAGUAUGUUAAGUGUACCAGGAAUAUUUUAUAGACCAAAAGAUAGAGAAGCAGAAAGUGAUGCUGCUAGAGAAAAGUUAUUUGUUGGAGAAAGUGAUCAUUUAACAAUGUUAAAUGUAUUUGAAUAAUGGAAAAGACAUGAAUUUUCACCUGAAUGGUGUAAUGAUCAUUUUGUUUAAGCAAAAAGUAUGAGAAAAGUAAGAGAAGUAAGAGCUUAAUUAAAAGAUAUUGCUGGUAAAUUAGGAUUAAAAAUGAGUACUUGUAAUUUCUCAUAUGAUGUUGUUAGAAAGGCUAUUUGUUCAGCAUAUUUUUAGAAUGCAGCUAAAAUUAAAGGAGUUGGAGAUUAUAUAAAUUUACGUACAGGUAUGCCAUGUAAAUUACAUCCUUCAAGUGCUUUAUAUUCUUUAGGUUAUGCUCCAGAUUAUGUUGUUUAUCAUGAAUUGGUAAUGACAUCUAAAGAAUAUAUGCAUUGUGUAAGUGCUGUUGAUCCUUAAUGGUUAGCUGAAAUGGGUCCUAUGUUUUUUAGUAUUAAAGAAGAUGGUGAAACUAGAGCAUCUCGUAUUGAAAGUGAAAAAAAGNACCUGCCUAAGAUUAUGUUAGAAGUGCAAUUAAGAAAACUAUUGAAGUUCAUAUUCAAUAACCUCCUGGAGAUGUUUUAAUAUUUAUGACAGGAUAAGAAGAUAUUGAAACUACUUGUUAUUUAUUAGCUGAAGAACUCAAUAAAUUAAGUGAAGCAACUCCUCCUCUUUUAAUUUUACCAAUUUAUUCUUAAUUAAGAUCUGAAGAAUAAGCAAGGAUCUUUGAAAAAAGUGAAUUUAGAAAAUGUAUAGUGGCAACAAAUAUAGCAGAAACAUCUCUAACUUUAGAUGGUGUAAAAUAUGUGAUAGAUACUGGAUAUUGUAAAAUGAAAGUGUAUAAUCCUAGAAUUGGUAUGGAUGCAUUAUAAGUUACUCCAAUAUCAUAAGCUAAUGCAGAUUAACGAAAAGGUAGAGCUGGACGUACUGGACCUGGUAUUUGUUUUAGAUUGUAUUCCUCAUUAAAUUAUAGAUAAGAUAUGUUAGAAAAUAAUAUUCCUGAAAUAUAAAGAACAAAUUUAGCUAAUGUAGUUUUAUUAUUGAAAUCAUUAAAUAUUAAUAAUCUAUUAGAUUUCGAUUUUAUGGAUCCUCCUCCUUAAGAUACAAUUUUAAAUGCUAUGUAUUAAUUGUGGGUCUUGGGAGCAUUGGAUAAUGUAGGUGAAUUAACAGAACUUGGUAGAAAAAUGAGUGAGUUCCCAUUAGAUCCACCAUUAUCAAAAAUGUUAAUAAAAGGAGAUUAAUUAGGAUGCACUGAAGAAAUACUAACAGUUGUUAGUAUGUUAAGUGUACCAGGAAUAUUUUAUAGACCAAAAGAUAGAGAAGCAGAAAGUGAUGCUGCUAGAGAAAAGUUAUUUGUUGGAGAAAGUGAUCAUUUAACAAUGUUAAAUGUAUUUGAAUAAUGGAAAAGACAUGAAUUUUCACCUGAAUGGUGUAAUGAUCAUUUUGUUUAAGCAAAAAGUAUGAGAAAAGUAAGAGAAGUAAGAGCUUAAUUAAAAGAUAUUGCUGGUAAAUUAGGAUUAAAAAUGAGUACUUGUAAUUUCUCAUAUGAUGUUGUUAGAAAGGCUAUUUGUUCAGCAUAUUUUUAGAAUGCAGCUAAAAUUAAAGGAGUUGGAGAUUAUAUAAAUUUACGUACAGGUAUGCCAUGUAAAUUACAUCCUUCAAGUGCUUUAUAUUCUUUAGGUUAUGCUCCAGAUUAUGUUGUUUAUCAUGAAUUGGUAAUGACAUCUAAAGAAUAUAUGCAUUGUGUAAGUGCUGUUGAUCCUUAAUGGUUAGCUGAAAUGGGUCCUAUGUUUUUUAGUAUUAAAGAAGAUGGUGAAACUAGAGCAUCUCGUAUUGAAAGUGAAAAAAAGAGUAAAAGAGAAAUAGAAUUAUCUAUUGAAAAAGCUAAAAGAGAACAUGAAAUGAAAAGUGAAGAAUGUUAAAGAAGAAUAGAGAAAGAAGAUAGAGAGAGAAGAUUAAUUAGUGAACGUACAGCUACAUUAGGAUGUAGACCAAGUAGAAUAUAAACACCAUUAAGAUAAUAAAUAUCAUCAAUUGCUGCAACUCCUAUAAGAAGUGAAUGUGAAUCUGUUAUUUCAGGAAUGACAAGUAUCUAAGCUAAAUAAAUGAGAAUGGCAUAUUAUGAUGAUGAAGAAGAAUAAGAUGUUGGUAGAAACAAAAUACCUAAAUUAGAAUGA